CCAUCACCACCAUCUGCUGGUUCAGAUGCAUCAAGCGCUCCUUCAUCUCCCUCUUCUUACAUAGGAAAACAGCAUGCUCCAAUUGUUUACCCUGCUUUACUUUCAAAGGUUGCCGAUGCAUUUCGUUCUAGAAUGAUUCUUACAAAUAGAAUGAAAGAUAACCUCGAAUAUAAAGAUUGCUUCGAUGGGAGAGAAGCUGUGGAUCGAAAAUUAUGGAUUCAUACUGUUCUUCCUGAAAUUGCUAACUCAGUUUCUGAGACGGAAAAAAAGCGUCAAGAAGCUAUAAAUGAA